GAAAAAACGAAUUUGCAUUGUGUGAGAUUCCAAAUUUUGAGGGUUUUUUUCACAGUGACUCGAGAACAGCCAAGGAAGAAGAAGAAGAAAAUGCCGUGCCUUAACAUUUCUACAAAUGUGAACUUGGAAGGAGUUGAUACUUCCUCCGUACUUUCUGAAGCUACCUCCACUGUUGCCAAACUCAUCGGCAAACCAGAAGCUUAUGUCAUGAUUGUGUUGAAGGGAUCUGUUCCCAUGGCUUUCGGGGGUACAGAACAGCCCGCUGCCUAUGGAGAGUUGGUCUCCAUUGGGGGUUUAAAUGCUGAUGUCAACAAGAAACUCAGUGCUGCAAUAGCUGACAUACUUGAGACUAAAUUGUCUAUUCCCAAAUCUCGAUUUUUCCUGAAAUUCUAUGAUACUAAGGCCCAUCAAAGUCAAGAAUAUGCACAAUGUCUUCAUGCUAUACACCAGUACUAGAUCAUGGUUCCUUCUUUGGCUGGAAUGGAUCUACCUUCUGAAUUUCCAUUUCAUUUCACAAUUGGCCAUCUUUGAGCCACUUAUAAACUGUAUGUAUGUGGUUGGAUCUGUAUCAGCCAAGUAACUUCGUAUUAAAUCUUUCUUUGUAAUACUUGGAAUGAUGAACGUCUGGUCCUUGUGAAUGUUGGAAUUAUCCUGCAUCUAAGCCUUUGAUGCGAUCAUCGAAACAUUGUCUUGAAUAUGAGGUCUGAGCUAUCAGCACUCUUUCGCGUUCA